UAUACAAUUCAACACUGCAAUCAUUCGUGUGUACGACAUCACUGUGGUCACCACUCGGCUAUCUUAUCAAUACUUUUUUUGCAUUUAUUAUAUAUAUAAUAAAUGGAAAUUAUAUUAUUUAUAUAAAUAUUGUAGUAGUAUCUUCAUCAGUGUCGAGGUUACAUAUCAAUGCCGUUCAUGAGGCACUUGGACGCGUCGUUCCCCCACGUGUGGGACCGUUGGGAGGCAAACGGUACCAAGUGGACUAUACAGGAUCUCCCUCCCAGUGACGAGGACGAGGCGCUAGAUAUACUGCUCAAGCACCUAUGUCCUGAUGAAGUAUUGUGUGCACUAAGUGAUAUAAUCAACGAUCCAGUCAGUGUGCAGUGCAUAUCCAAAGUAUGGAGGUAUUACUUCCAGCAGCGCACUACACUUGCAUGCUAUGCGGAGUCGGCAGGCGAGAGGAAACUGGUAGCACUAAACGUAUGCGCAGUAAAAGAGAAAGGGGAGGAGCUGAGUAUGGAAGUUGUAGGCAAGAAAUGGGAAAACGUCUAUAAAGUAUUAGAAUACAUGGAAUCAAAAGUGGACUGCCUGGAGUACAUGGGUCUGGACAAGGCGCUCACUGCUCUGGGCCUCGUAGUCCGGAAAGAGUAUAGGGGAGCGAAACUCGGGGCCAGAGUUUUGGCUGCAAGGGAGCCUUUAUGUCAGCAUCUCGGUAUAAAAGGCACGUUAACAAUAUUCACCGGGAUAGCUUCACAGAAAUCGGCGGUUAGCUGUGGCUUCACAUCAGUACUGGAGGUGUCCAUCAGAGAAUUGGCCGAAAUAGGAUUGGACUAUCCGAAGGAUGAUAAUAGACUAAUUAAAUUAAUGGUGAAGAAGUACGAAUGAAAGUGAUUUACGAAAUUUACUAGCUUUUUAUUUCUUUUUCUAUUCUUUCC